GUGUUUAUAAUUACGAAUCUAUAAUUCAUAGCUCUCCGCGAGAGGUCUCUACAGUCUUUUCUGUGGGAACAGCUUUUAAUAAUCUGUGAUUGGUAGCAGUGAAUUUGAAAAUGAAACGUAUUUGAUACGAAUGUUUUUGUUGGUUAGUUACGAAGAUCGCUUUGAAAGUGGAGCUUGAUUGAACAUUUUAUAAAUUUGAGGAAGAUAAUGAACUAUUAUUCCAAUGGAUUUUCAGAUUGACGGCUGAAUUUAGAAUUACAUCAAAAUGGUAAAAAAUUUCGUGAUUCCUUUGGUGCCGGAUGAGCUUUUGACGUCUCAUGCUGACCAAUAUUUUGUUGAUGAGAUUGUUCCUAUACGAAUGAUAUCACAGACUCUUGAUGCUACACGACCAGCAUUACAGGAAAAUGGCCCACAUUUUAUUUUAGAACAUUUUGACACAUUUUUCUCUAUCAUUGUUCAUGGCAGUAAAGUGGAACUUGCGGUCUGCCUACGUGGUUUUACUAGGAUUUCUAAAGCUGUGCAAGUACUUGUGGAUGAUUUGGAAAAAAUAUUUGAUCAUAAUAAUGAUAUUACAGAGGAAGAGGACCGGAAAACAUAUUUAUGUAUUAACAACAUGCUAGCAUAUUUGUUCUCAUGGUUUGUUAGUCAUAUAGAUGAACGUGUUGUAAAAAAUGCAAAUGAAGCCAAUAUUGGAAAGUAUAAAAAAGGUACCAAGACAGAUAUUGAAGAAGAUUGGGAACAAUCCAAACAGAAAGCUUUGGAACUUCUAUAUCGCUGGCUACAAAUACCAUUGUAUAAGAUUUGGAGACCACCAAUCGUCGAAAAUUCAUUUGUUAUGACUUUGGCACAAAUAUGUUAUAAAAUAUUGGAACAGAGUAAAGAUACUAAGCAAAAACAUAUGAGACAAACUAUAUUUGAGAUUUUAGGAACUUUGAUUAAAAAAUAUAAUCAUGGGAUAACUUGCAUUGUGAGAAUUAUUCAAUUAGUAAAAUUAUGUGACUCACUAGCAGUACCUAUAGCGGCUGGCAUAGUACAUAUGACGACUGAAUGUGGUUGUACUGGUUUGAUAAAAAGUGUAAUGAAUGAGAUUGGACAGAGUGAAAUUGGUGAAGUCGAAAGUCGUAAUGUAUCCACGUUUCUCGAAAACAUCGCAAUCUCGCAACCUGAUCUUAUAAUUCCUGUUCUUGAUGAGAUGAUGGAUUAUCUGUCAAAUGAGUUUUAUACUAUGAGAAACUGUGUGAUUGGAGUCUUGGGUAGUGUAGUACAAAAAGCACUGACUGGCGAAGAUCUUACGGAUGAACAGAAAGAGCUACGUGAUGAAUGCCUAAACAAUUUGGAGGAUCAUAUUUUGGAUUGCAAUGCUCAUGUUAGAUCAAAGGUACUUCAAAUGUGGCAGCGCUUGUGUUGCAACGGUGCUGUACCAUUAGCCAGAUAUGGGAAGCUUUUAGCCGCCAUCGCACUUCGCUUAGAAGAUAAGAGCGCGAUUGUUCGUAAACAGGCUCUCCAAUUGUUGCGUGCCAUGUUGCAAAGUAAUCCCUUCGCUGCCAAGUUGACUUCUGUUGAACUCUCCGAUUCGUUGGAAAAAGAAAAAUCAAAAUUGCAAGAAUUGCAAGCUCAAAUUGCAUGCACUAGUGAACGCGGUCAUAUGCAAAGAUUUGAACUUUGGAACACUUUACAGCCAGAUAUUAAAGCGACAAUAAAACAGAUUUUUGAAAAUGAAACGGAAUAUAUAAAUGAUUCAUGUACAGAGAACAAAGAGAAUAUUGAUGCAGAUCAUGCUUUCGAACAUGUAAGACAAUUAUUAUUAAACCGAGAAGUCACCGAAGCUGUAACAUACUUGUGGAAAACUUGUAUGUUAUUGAAAGAAGCCCCUGAAAUGAAAAAUCUUUCCAGUACAGCAAAGGAGGAGUGUCUAUUUGCCUUUUUACUGAAAAUUUUUAUAGAAUCGGAAAGCAAAUCUGCAGAUAAUGAGGAGGAGAAUAUGAUCGAUGCAAGCAAGUCAGAACAAAAUAAUAAGAAAAAAGAAGAGCUAAGACUGAGAAAACGCGUUAUAAAUUACUUAACAAAUUGUCUCAAGUUUGCGAGCGAGUUGGAAAAGGCAAUACCGAUGGCAGAAAAACUAUUGUUCUCCACAAGUCCCGGCGAUGCCGUUGAAUCCUGUACAUUCCUAGGAACCGCUUUUCAAUUCGGAGUAACUGGUGCAGCCAGCGCAAUACGCGAAGCCCUUUUUCAAGUGUUCCAUCGUGAUCAGUCUGUGCGUAGUAAUGUAGCAGUGGUGUACAAAAACAUCUAUUUCGACAUUGAUAAUGACAAACAAUCAGCUCGUCAAAUAGCCGUAACUCGCGCCAAUCGUUUGAUCAAUUUGUUAAAAGAGUUACAGCCUGGACAGAGUCCGGCUUUAGCUCAACUGAUCGUGACAUGGUAUGAAAACGGGGAAUUAAACAGCGAAUUACUGCAGGUAUUAUGGGAAAAGUUUUCCAUGAAAUAUCCGGAUACAUUGCAAAUAGACAGCAGAACUUCGUUAAUGAUAAUAACGAUGAUAGCUCAAGCAGAAUCUAACAUUGUGAUCGAUAAUCUAGAUGUAUUAGUGAAAGUAGGAUUAGGUCCACGCGCGAAGGACGAUCUUCUUCUCGCGCGAGACACUUGCAGAAUGCUAUUAAUGAUAAAACAUAACAACAAGGAUAUUGAAAAAGCACCUCUGAGAUAUUCCAACGAUCAAGAUAUGUUCCAACAAAUCCAGAUAUUGUUAAAAGACACUUUUAUUAACGCGAAUGAAAACGCUUAUGUCUCUUUUGCGACGGAUGCACUUAACGUCAUAUAUCAUCUAGCAAAUCAACCUGAUAAAUUGGUAAAGGAAUUGUUAUUGGACAUCACUGAGAAGAGUCAACUCAUAAAUAAGGAAAAUAAUCAAGCAGGUGUAUCACGCCCUGUACUCUGCAAACUGCUGCAUAUAGUUGGACACAUUGCCAUCAAGCAAAUGAUUCAUUUGGACAUGCCCAUUUAUAAAGAACUUAAGCGUAGAAAUGCAGUACGAAAGCAAAAUAAGAGCAAGAAACAAGUACCGAGAGGUAACACCUUUACGACACCAGAUAUUAGAUCCAAAUCAGCAAACGCGUCGGUCUCUUCGAGUGCACGACGAAAUAGAGAUAACUCGAUGAUUUCUGCGACCAGUGAGAAUGGUGAGGAAGCUUUAGAAGGUGCAAUAGAUGACGCCGAAGCGGAAUUCGUGAAUAAUGCUCUCGAAAAUGAGAUCGUUACUGGAAAUGGCUUGCUCGCAAAAUUUGUGCCACUUGUAUUGGAUGUAUGCAAGUAUCACGAUAAGUAUAAUAACGAGAAUCUACAAGCCGCAGCCUCACUCGCACUCAGCAAAAUGAUGACGGUAAGUUCUAUAUUUUGCGAGCAAUCUUUACAACUCUUAGUCACCAUAUUGGAACGAUCGCCGUAUCCCGGAGUGAGAUCGAACAUGCUGAUCGGAUUGAGCGAUCUUGCUACUAGAUUUCCCAAUCAAGUGGAACCAUGGUCAAAGCACAUCUAUGGCAGACUCCGAGAUCAGAAUGUAGACGUGCGUAGAACGUGCGUUCGUAUGUUAUCGAAUCUGAUAAUGAGGGAGAUGAUACGAGUGAAAGGACAAGUUUCAGAAUUAGCACUUUGCAUUAUUGACGAGGAUAAACAAAUACGGCAGAACACGAAAGACUUCUUUAAUCAACUCGCCCAGAAAGGCAAUGCUUUGUAUAAUAUAGUGCCCGAUAUAUUGUCGCGCUUAGCAGAUCCUGAAUUGAAUCUCGAGGAAAAACAAUUUCAGGAAACCAUCAAAUACAUUCUCGGUCUGAUACAGAGAGAGAGACAAAUUGAUACCAUAAUUGAUAAAAUUUGUGCUAGAUUUAAAUUAGCUACCACAGAAAGACAAUGGCGUGAUCUUUCCUACUGUCUUACACUGUUGCAAUUCAGUGGAAAGAGUAUACGACGUCUUAUCGAAAGUUUACCACUACUGAAAGAAAAAAUUCAUUAUAAACCGGUAUUAGCAGCGUUGCAAAAUAUCAUUGAGCAAGCGAAGAAAAAGGCAGAUGCUACUGCUGCUUGCACAGAAUUAGAAGAGAAAAUACAAGAACUUUUAGAGACCGAAACAGAAACCGAAAACUCGAGUGUGGCAGACAAACAUCGAAUGCCGCCACCAUCUACCAUACCGAAAAAUAUAAAAAGUAUUCGUAAAAAGAAAAUUAAUGAUGAUUCCGAUGAAGAUGAUAGCUCUGAUGAUUCUGAGGAAGAUGUGCAAGAGAGAGAUGCACCUAUUGCACAAAACAAAAGAAAAGGACACGUACAAAAGAAAAAUACAAAGACUAAUGAUGAAAACAGCGUAUCGCCGUCUCCGAAACGAUAUAAAACUAAUACACCGUUGCGAGAGACUAGGGUUUCAACUCGAUUACGUAAAUAAUUAUUUUUCUUGUAGAAUUAGGAAUAAUUUUGUAAUAAUGUAACUUUUUAAUAAAGCCUUUUCACCAGCCGCUAAAAUCGAUUGUUUGAGCGACAAAAUGAUCACGUAACAACUUUUGUAACAAUUUUUGUAUAUGAAAAGGAUAGCAGCGCGACAGAGUUGAAAGUUGAGCGUUUAAGCAGUAAAUGCUUUGUAGUUGAACUGAUUAAAAAUUGUUGAUGCUGGAUUACGAGCGACAAAUCUGCCGCUUCAAUCGCUUGUUUUAGCGGCACGUGAAAUUGCCCCUUAAUAAAAUGUUAUUUUAAGAUGUAUUAAAAAUAUUAGAAAUUUUGCUUAUAAAUGCAUAUUUAGUAAUAUGCUAUUUCAUUUUACAAUGUAGAUAAGACUUAUUUAAAUACAUUUUGAUAUAGAUAAUA